UCUUGUCAUGUCCACAACAUGUGUGCCUACCAGUGAAGCGGAAGAAGAUCAUCAACAUUGUGUAUGGUCUCUAGAAGUCGUCCCUUUCUCAGAAUAUUUGAAAUUCAUUUUCUGUCAUGAAAGAUACCCUCUAACUGACGCUUAAACGUUUAUAAUACAGAGUAAGUUCGGUGAUUUGGGUAUGGCAACACUCUCAAGUGUAGCACGAGAACCCUGACAAUUCGUUCCCAGAGGCGUUUAUCCAACUUCUACUCAUUUUUAGACGCUUUUCCUCUAAGCUAUUGGCGUGAACCAUGGACGAGUCGGAAAGAGAAGGAGAAGAGCACGUCUACGACUUCAUUGGAAAUGCAUCAGAUGAGAAUUCAAACGAGAUUGAAGGAGUGGAAAGAACAUCUGCUGGAGAAGAAAGUUUGGAAACAGGAACUGAUGAAGUAGAUCAAGGUUUAGCUGCCUCGCCAACAGAGGACACUUUUGUUGAAAAAAAGAACAUAUUACUCAAACUCAGGGAGAAAUUUCGACGUCGUAGAUUUUCAGAAGAUUCAUUAGGUGAACAUUUUGAUUCUGAAGAAACAAUUGAAUCUUUGGCAGCGUAUUCAAGCAUCGAAGAUAAUGAAUUACCCACGACUACGAGAAGACUUUCUUUGAAGCACAAAACGUUAAAUUUUCCUGGCUUCGCAAAAGAUCGCUAUUUCAAUACAACAGGGGCGAAACGUUCUCGAUCAAAGUCGUUUUCUUUUCUAAUGCAAUCCAAGGAAAUGAAGGCAAAAAGAAAGGAGGACAUGUUUGCACGUAAUGAACAAGCUGGUGACACCUGCAGCACAUCCACCUGGCUGCAUUGCGAGGCUGCACAGGGAGAUCCGCUCAUAGAAUUAGCCCAGAAAAGAGCAGUUCCUCCCUCUCCUCCUCCCAGACCUGUACAAUCACAAUUUACUAGAAUUAAACAUAGCCAAAUUGUAAAAUCGUUGACAUUAUCGCUCGAUGAACUAGACCCAUGUAGUGGAGGAGUCCAGGGGGUGCCGACCAUUGAAGGCGUAGAGAAGCAGUUGAAUGCCAAGUGUCAGCAAACAGCAACUAAAAUGAACUGCCAGCAAUAUUCUGUUCCACUAGCCAAAUCUUUAGAGUCUCUUUCCCAUUACAGCUGGUACUGGGGGCCCAUAGACCAGUUUGAAGCUGAGGUUUUCUUGCAAGAUAAACCUGAUGGUUGCUUUUUGGUUAGGGACAGCUUCCAUGAAUUCCACUUGUACAGUGUAAGUUACAGGUGUAGAGGAAGAACCUGUCAUACAAGGAUUCGCUUCGGAAAUGGAAUAUUUUAUUUUUUUGCUCCUCCAGAUGAAACAGGAACUAAAACAGUUGUAGGACUCAUCAAGAAAUCCAUGAAAAUGUCCCUAAAGGGGCCGAUGUGUAUUUCUAAGGCAUCUAGUUUCCGAGGUUUUCCCGCUUUUCCCAUUCGACUUACAACACCAGUUUCAAGGUUUGAGGAACUUCCCACUCUCCAACAUCUUUGUAGGUUUGUUAUUCGACAAAAUUCUAGGCGCGAUAAGCUCCAUGAAUUACCACUUCCAUCCAAGAUUAUUAACUAUCUGAAUGUAGAAAACCAUUUCCUGGAAAAUGAAGGGAAAAAAAAUUCAUCCCACCUGUAAGUUCAAAAGUCUACUGGUUGUUAAUGAACCAGUAGCUGUAAUCUUGUUGUGCAUGACUUACCUCUUGUUUUUGUGAUCAGAUCAUAAUUAUCAUUCUCCAAUGCUUCCAGCUGUGAUUGAUUGCUGGCACUGAGUCAAAAUUCUGGCCACAAAAUUGGCAGAAAGAGUUGCUCAUUUGGCUACCUAUGUAAUGGUUAGCCACACAGCAAGCUGUAACUGAUCCCAAGCCAAAGUGAGUGUCAAUUACCUGAAAAUAUUGACAUAUAAUGUCAGUCAGCUACAUGUAAGUCUCCAGGCUGUAUUAAAGAGUGUGUCAUUUUUUCUUGA